CGCCUUUGUGCGCGGUGGGGCUGCUCUAUCCCGGUCCUGUCCGUCUCGCACCUCUGCGCCCCGCUCCGCUCCAUCCAUGGCCCCGCGUCCCGCUCACGGCUGCAGCAGCGGCGCGCUGCUGGGGCGCUUCGGGGUGCUGCUGCAGGCGCUGCUGGCCCUCUGCGCCUUCAGCACCCUCAUGCUAAAACGAUUUAAGGAACCAAAGGAAGAGAGGCGUCCCUGGAGGAUAUGGUUUUAUGAUACCUCCAAGCAAGCAAUAGGCUCCCUCUUCAUCCACUUUGCCAAUGUUUUCCUGUCGGAUCUCACUGAAGAGGACCCUUGCUCUCUCUACCUUAUUAAUUUCAUUCUGGAUGCCACACUGGGGAUGCUGCUGAUCUGGCUUGGCGUGAAGGUUGUCUCCUGGAUUGUGCAGCAUAAGAAGUACACAUACCUGGUCUUCGGAGAAUAUGAGGCAAUUUGGUGGAACGGAGAGCAGGACAAGAGGCAAAUAAAUACAGGUGACCCACCACAAGCUGCUGCCUGGAUUGGCCAAUGUAUCCUCUACUUGCUGAUAAUGGUUUUUGAGAAGACUGUGAUUAGCCUUGUCCUGCUUAUCCCUGGUUGGACAAAGCUUCAGCAGAUCCUCCUGGGUUACAUCCCUAACCCCCAGCUGGAGCUCAUCCUGGUCAUGCUUGUUGUGCCUUUUAUAGUCAAUGCCAUUAUGUUCUGGGUUGUGGACAGCUUGAUCAUGAAGAAAUACAAGCAGAAGGACACCCUGGACAUCAAUGGAUCCAUAGAAACUCCUCGGUCUAGGAGGAAUGAGGAAUCUCAGGUGCUACUCUCUCCAGACAUGGAUUUUGAUCAGUCUGAAAGCGACCAGGAUAUUUCAGGGCUCCAGGGAACGAACCAGAAGAUGAAGCAGCCCAGCUAUCAAGUGGUCAUCUGACAACACUGAGACAAAGGAGGUGGAGGGAGGGAAGCAGCACUGUGAUCCUUGAGCUGGCCAAGGGAAUGCUAGUUGAUCCUUAUGGAUCUGCAGAGAUCCUUUUGCCUGCCUCAGCUAUACCUGUCUGCAGUUGUCUCUUUGGGAUGAUACCUAUGCAUCCUGUACAGGCUUGAGCAGCAUCUGCUUUACCUGUGUGACUGUAACCCAUACACACGCAGGCACGUUGGGGUUAGGGAUGUGGAUAUGUACUUCCCCUGGCUGGCCAGCUGGGUGCAACUUUUUGUCAGGGCUAGAGACUGAAAUCAGAAGAUUGUCUGCUUUUUUUAAUAGACAAGGAAAAAAGAUCUGUCCUGUACUACCUGAACUGUGACACUUUUAUAUGCACAAUACUCAGAAUAAUUGGUUUGCAAUAUGUAUUUAAAUGCCUUGAAUUGGAAAGGUUGUUUCGGUGGAUCUGAUGCUUUUUACUGUUUUAUAAGGAAUUGCAGUAAAUAUUUGACCUAAAACCUU